CAAACAAUUUAAAAAUGAAAAUAAACGGGCAAAGCCUAAUUGUCUUGAAUUAAUGAAACGCGACGCGCCAACCUUCCACUUUUAUUCUGCCUAUCGCUACUUUGCGCCAUCGUCGCCUCCCGCCUUCCCUUCGCCCACCCUGGUGGCGAUUAAGAUCGACGAUCUCCUGUCCGAUCCGCCGACGAAUCAUGUCCAAAUCUCGCGUUUAUACUGACGUCAACGUUGUUCGUCCCAAGGAGUACUGGGAUUACGAGUCCCUCACUGUUCAAUGGGGUGAUCAAGAUGAUUAUGAGGUUGUUCGAAAAGUCGGAAGGGGAAAAUACAGUGAGGUUUUUGAGGGCAUAAAUGUCAACAACAAUGAGCGCUGUAUAAUCAAGAUCCUCAAACCUGUCAAGAAAAAGAAGAUAAAGAGAGAGAUUAAAAUCCUUCAGAAUCUAUGUGGUGGCCCGAAUAUUGUUAAACUUCUUGAUAUAGUGAGAGAUCCGCACUCAAAAACACCAAGCUUGAUAUUUGAGUUCGUCAACAGUACGGAUUUCAAAGUUCUCUACCCAACUUUGACAGACUAUGACAUUCGCUACUAUAUAUAUGAACUUCUCAAGGCGUUAGAUUACUGCCAUUCACAAGGAAUAAUGCAUAGAGAUGUCAAGCCUCACAAUGUCAUGAUAGAUCAUGAGCUGCGCAAACUUCGCUUGAUCGAUUGGGGACUUGCGGAGUUUUACCAUCCUGGGAAAGAGUAUAAUGUCCGUGUGGCUUCCAGGUACUUUAAGGGGCCUGAGCUUCUGGUAGAUCUGCAGGACUAUGAUUAUUCCUUGGACCUGUGGAGCCUUGGUUGUAUGUUCGCAGGAAUGAUAUUCCGGAAGGAACCAUUCUUCUAUGGCCGUGACAACCAUGAUCAACUAGUUAAAAUUGCCAAGGUGCUAGGAACUGACGAGUUAAAUGCAUAUCUGAACAAAUACCAUUUAGAGCUGGAUCCUCAACUUGAUGCCCUUGUUGGAAGGCACAGCCGCAAACCUUGGUCCAAAUUUAUUAAUGCAGAUAAUCAGCAUCUUGUGUCUCCAGAGGCUAUCGAUUUUCUUGAUAAGUUGCUUCGGUACGACCAUCAGGACAGGCUAACUGCAAAAGAAGCCAUAGUAGGUCUAUAUGUGCUAACACUCAUCCGACUAAUGGAUUCGGGUCCAUCCUUACUUCUCUCAAGUGAGGGCAGCCGAAUGUAGCAGGAUGCGCACUCAGUAAACGGGUACAGUCGGACUCCUUUGUAAACCAAUCAAUCCAGACUCAUUUGGAUACAUUUAUUGUGUUUAAAUGUUAUAUAAAACCAAUAUAUAAUCCUAAUGGCUGCCAUUCUCAGAUUUAGGAAAGUUGAAUGGGUUGU